UUUUGAACUCUUUAGAAGGGAAGAUCAAAUAGCACCAUGUGGACGUUUGAAGUCUUUUCUUCCUUCUUAGCUACCAGUCAAACUGGGAUAGCAGUCUGAUUCAACUUCUAACCCAAUGAAAGAAACAACAUUUUCCAUGCUGCGUCAGUUAUAAUUUCAUUAAAAGGUUCUGUCUUUCAACACUGAACACUGAAUACACACAUAUUCUUGCCUUCAUAUCAUGACAUUGAUUUGAACUUGUCUUUUUCUGGCUCAAUCAUUGUUGAACAGGAUUCUGGAGUCUGUGGAUCUUUUUUAAGAGCUGAAUGAUGCACGGUUGUUGUAUUUUAUUGCACUGAAAGUAAGCUUUUGGAGUAGCAAAGUAGCUGCAUUUCUUGAGCCUAUAAUUGUUGCAUGAGAUGGGUGGUCAUAGAAGGAAGAGGCACCACUUUAGUAGAAUCCAUGCAUUUUCUUGUGGGAAAGCUUCAUUCAAAGGAGAGCAUUCACUUAUAGGGGGUCCUGGCUUUUCAAGGAUAGUGUACUGCAAUGAACCAGAACGUGGUGAGGGGAGUGUUCUCAGUUAUGGUGACAAUUAUGUGAGUACAACCAAAUACACAGUGGCUACUUUCCUCCCCAAGUCCUUGUUUGAGCAAUUCAGGAGGGUUGCCAAUUUUUACUUCCUUGUCUGUGCAAUCUUGUCUUUUUUCCCCGUCGCUCCUUACUCGGCAGUCAGCAAUGUUGUUCCUCUUGUGGUUGUGGUUGCUGCCACUAUGGGGAAAGAGGCUGUUGAGGAUUGGAGGAGGAAAAAGCAGGAUAUCGAGAUGAAUAACAGAAAGGUUAAAGUGCACGACGGAGAAGGUGUUUUUGACUAUUCUAAAUGGAAGGAUUUGAAAGUUGGAGACAUAAUAAAGGUUGAAAAGGAUGGAUUUUUCCCUGCAGAUCUCAUCUUACUUUCAUCUAACUAUGACGAUGCAAUUUGCUAUGUUGAGACAAUGAAUCUUGAUGGAGAAACAAAUCUUAAAGUUAAGCAAGCACUGGAAGAAACAUCAAAGUUGCAAGAAGACUUAAGAUUUCAAAAUUUCAAGGCUAUAAUCAAAUGCGAAGAUCCAAAUGCGAAUUUGUACUCAUUUGUAGGCAAUUUGGAGAUUGAAGAUCAAUUGUAUCCUCUUGCACCUCAGCAGCUAUUGCUAAGGGACUCAAAGCUGAGGAACACAGAUUUUGUCUAUGGUGUGGUAAUCUUUACUGGCCAUGAUACAAAGGUUAUGCAGAAUUCCACAGACCCUCCAUCCAAGAGAAGCACAGUUGAGAAACGGAUGGAUACGAUCAUCUACUUUCUGUUCUUUGUCUUAUUUUUUAUUUCUUUUAUUGGUUCAAUUUUUUUCGGAAUUGCAACCAGGGAGGACCUUGAAAAUGGAGUCAUGAAAAGAUGGUACCUUAGGCCAGACGAUACAACAGUUUACUUUGAUCCAAAGAAAGCACCAAUUGCAGCAAUUCUGCACUUCUUGACUGCGCUUAUGUUGUAUAGUUACUUUAUUCCAAUUUCUUUGUAUGUUUCCAUUGAAAUUGUGAAAGUUCUUCAAAGCAUUUUCAUCAACCAAGAUGUGCAGAUGUAUUAUGAGGAAACUGACCGGCCAGCACAUGCUCGUACCUCAAAUUUGAAUGAAGAACUUGGCCAAGUUGAUACUAUACUUUCAGAUAAAACAGGAACUUUGACUUGUAAUUCUAUGGAAUUUAUCAAGUGUUCUAUUGCUGGGAUUGCAUAUGGACGAGGAAUAACAGAAGUUGAGAAAGCUCUAGCCAAGGGAAAAGGAUUACCUUUGAGUCAAGAGUUGACGGAAGAUGGCAAUGUUGCCAAGAUUUCUGUAGCAACUUCAUCCAUUAAAGGUUUUAACUUUAUGGAUGAAAGGAUCAUGAAUGGAAAUUGGAUCAAUGAACCUCAAGCCAAUGUGAUUCAAAAGUUCCUGCAGUUAUUGGCAGUAUGCCAUACUGCAAUACCUGAAGUUGAUGAAGAAACUGGUAAAAUUUCAUACGAAGCUGAGUCACCCGAUGAGGCAGCUUUUGUGAUUGCAGCCAGAGAACUUGGGUUUGAGUUCUAUGAAAGGACUCAGACUACUAUUUCAAUGCGUGAGUUCAAUCCCAAAUCAAACAAGAUUAGUGAAAGGUCAUACAAUCUUCUGAAUAUUUUAGAGUUUAGCAGUACAAGAAAGAGGAUGUCUGUAAUUGUAAGAGAUGAGGAUGGGAAACUACUACUGCUUAGCAAAGGAGCUGACAGUGUCAUGUUUGAACGACUUGCAAAUAAUGGAAGGGAAUUUGAAGAGAAGACUAAGCAGCACAUUGAGGAAUAUGCUAAUGCUGGUUUGAGGACCUUGAUACUUGCAUAUCGAGAACUUGAUGAAGAAGUGUACAAUCUAUUUAAUAAAGAAUUCAUGGAGGCCAAGAACUUAGUGAGUGCGGAUCGGGAUAAUAUUGUGGAGGAAAUAUCAGAAAAUAUUGAGAAGGAUUUAAUUCUUCUUGGUGCUACUGCUGUUGAAGACAAACUUCAAAAUGGGGUUCCCGAAUGCAUUGACAAGCUAGCACAGGCAGGAAUUAAGCUAUGGGUUUUGACUGGUGAUAAAAUGGAGACAGCAAUCAAUAUUGGGUUUGCCUGUAGCUUACUCAGACAAGGAAUGAAGCAAAUUAUAAUUACUUCAGACACCCCAGAAACCAAAUCACUGGAGAAAAUCGAGGACAAGUCUGCUGCCGCAGAGGCAUUUAAGGCAAGUGUUCUUCGUCAGUUAAGGGAAGGAAAGACAUUACUUUCGGAAUCUAAUGAAAACUCUGAGGCAUUAGCUCUUAUCAUUGAUGGGAAGUCUCUCACUUAUGCACUAGAAGAUGAUGUAAAGGACCUGUUUCUUGCACUUUCCAUUGGUUGCGCAUCUGUUAUUUGCUGUCGUUCAUCUCCGAAGCAGAAAGCACUUGUUACUAGACUAGUAAAGAUUAAAACCGGUAAUACAACUCUAGCAAUUGGUGAUGGAGCAAAUGAUGUUGGAAUGCUCCAAGAAGCUGACAUUGGGAUUGGUAUCGGUGGUGUUGAAGGAAUGCAGGCUGUUAUGUCAAGUGAUAUUGCAAUUGCCCAAUUCCGGUUUCUUGAGCGUUUACUUCUUGUGCAUGGGCAUUGGUGUUACAGAAGAAUCUCAUCAAUGAUCUGCUACUUCUUUUACAAAAACAUUGUCUUUGGCUUCACCCUGUUCUUCUAUGAGAUCUACGCCUCAGUCUCGGGUCAAGCUGCAUACAAUGAUUGGUUCCUGUCACUAUAUAAUGUAUUCUUCACGUCUCUUCCUGUAAUUGCCUUGGGAGUGUUUGACCAGGAUGUCUCGGCUAGAUUAUGUAUCAAGUUCCCAUUACUAUAUCAAGAAGGAGUACAAAAUGUGUUAUUUACCUGGAAACGGAUCCUUGGUUGGGCAUUCAAUGGAAUUUUGAGUGCUACUAUAAUAUUCUUCUUCUGCAUCAAGGCAAUGGAGCAUCAAGCGUUCCGUAAAGGAGGGGAAGUUGUUGGGCUGGAUGUUCUUGGUGCCACCAUGUACACUUGUGUUGUGUGGGUGGUGAAUUUCCAAAUGGCAUUAUCUAUUAGUUACUUCACUUACAUACAACAUAUACUCAUAUGGGGUGGCAUUCUUUUAUGGUAUAUUUUCCUCCUAGUAUAUGGAACCGUGGACCCCUACCUAUCAACCACUGCCUACAAAGUCUUAAUUGAAGCUUGUGCACCAGCACCAUCUUAUUGGCUUAUCACUUUGCUUGUGCUUAUCGCUUCACUCCUUCCAUAUUUUGCCUAUGCUUCGAUUCAAAUGCGCUUCUUCCCUAUGUUCCAUCAAAUGAUACAGUGGAUAAGAAAUGAUGGGCAAACAACCGAUCCAGAAUACGUUAAUAUUGUGAGGCAGAGAUCAAUAAGACACACAACAGUUGGGUUCACAGCUCGUUUUGAAGCAUCCCAAAGCUCGAAAGCAUCCAAGAGUUUUCAAGUCUGAAAACCAUUAACAGGCAAUGUUGUUUUUGUUUCUUCAUUGUAUGAAAAAUUCUUUGGUCUAAACAUAGGGAUAACUUUGGUAUAGGUAAUCAAGUGCUUCGGAUUGUAUAUAUUUUAAGGUAGAGAUGGUUCUUACCAUAGUCAACAAGAAAUGCCAAUAGAUUCAGUUUAAAAAGGUAAGCUAAAGUAAUUAGUGCGCUGGAUUUUCGAUAGUGUAUCAACGUGUCAGACUGAGCAUUUGACGGGUUCGGUCGGAUUUGGGUCUGAAAAGGCCAACCCAAUGGAAACCGAGUGAAAUGUCAGAUAUAUAAGUUAUUUAGGUAGCUUGUUACAGGUUGAGCCUUUCCACUCUUUUGCAGUCAUUGCGACCGUCGACGCUUUCGUUUUUGAUACCUUGCUCGACCAUCACCAACUCAUCCCUGAAGGAACGUGUGACAUUGGAAACAAUGUUAUUGUGUUUGAAAUCAUUAAGUUUCAUGGUGAUAAUGUAUGUGAUGGUAAGGUGGUCGUCUUUGAGGUUCCGUGGCAAACAAGGAUGGAUAUUUGGCAACAAGAUGAAAAAUAACACUAAAAAAAAUGGAUUGCAACUUGCAAGAGGAAUUGCCACUCACCCAUUGUCCACAAUGUAACUCUAGAAAUUUAAAAUUGUUUACAAGUUCUUAUAGACUUACAGUGAGAGAGAGCAAAGUCUAAGUACAUAAGAAAAAUUUUCUUGGAGACAACUUUUAAUAU